CAGGAGAGGAAGAGGCGGAGGAGGAGGGAUAUGGCCAGCACAUCUUCUCGCCUAUCUCUUCCUGAUCAGUCUUCGUCCAAGAUGCCGCCUCCACAGUUGGACGCCGGCAAGAGCAGUGAGGCGGCAGCUGCAGCGGCUGACAUUGCCUCCUCUGAGUUCAGCUCUCCAAUUCAUCGCCCAAAACCUCUUCUGUUGAGAAGAAUCAAUAGCAAUGGAGAUGUGGAUUACGUUUAUAAUUCUGAUCAAGAGGCUGCAGAUGUCUAGCAUAGAGACUAUCUCAAGUACCAAAAAGAACGUGCUUGUCUAGAACAGCUGCCCAUGUUCAAGCAGUCCGUGUAUCACCGAAAUAUCAUUGAUUGGCAUGAUUUAAGACAGAAGAAUGCAGCUCUGGAUGUAGCAGAAUCCAUGUUGAGCCUUUCUUCAUCUUCUGAUGGUAAAGCAAUAGACCAUUGUACUGGUUUUAUUAUUGAACAUGAUAAAGUCCAUGGAUCGGCUGUCAUCGUCACAUCUUCUCAGAUUAUAUGCACUAAGAAGUCAUUAGAUGAUUGGAAGGAUAACAAUGUUUAUUCUCCUGAUGCCAAGGUGAUUGCACACCUAUGGGAUGGGACCUCUUCUGAGUUGCAGUUGCUAUGCUUCAACAGACACUAUGAGAUUGCAUUUUUUAUUCCCUCAAUGGAGGGCAACUCCAAAAAGUUGCACCAUUAGAUCCUAAUUUUAGAUUUGGUACUGAGGCUUGUGUCUUAGCGAGGGACAAAGAUCUUGAGUUAAUUUGUAGGCGCACAGUUAUAAAAGCAUUGGAUCCUUGCGAGCACCAAAGAAAUCACUAUUUAUUUAUCGAUGCUUUAAAGUGUGAGGGUUGUAGUGGAGGAGCAUUGGCUAAUUUUGAUGGGAGUAUACUGGGAAUGGUAUUAUAUGCUCGACCCAAUGUUGCUUUUCUUCCCAGUUCUAUUAUUCUCAAAUGCUUCAAAUUGUGGAAAAGAUUCAGGAAACUUGCCCGACCUAAUCUUGGUGUAAGGCUAAGGACAGUGGGCUUUUUGGACAUUUCACAUUUGGACAAUCUGUCUCGUAUUUAUGGAGUGAGAUCUGGUUUGAUUGUAGCAAAGGUGUCUGUUGGUUCUCCUGCUGAAAGAAAUGGCAUCAGAGUUGGUGACAUCAUUUUCCAGUGUCAGCGAGAGUUUAUUUCAACCAUAACCGAGUUUGAAGAUAUGUUGCUAGAUGUUUGUGAGAAUCAAUUUGAGAAGGGAACCAAUGUGAACUCAAAAGUAGAUAUCGAGCUUGGUGUUUACAAUGUACGCAAGCGUGCCAGGAGGAAUAUCACUUUGUCCGUAGAACUAUCAGAUGGCAUGGAGGUCAUUGACGAAGGCUUAUGGGAUGACUAGGACCACAAAUUGCUUUCUAAUUAAUGCGCUGAUGCCCUUGCUUGCUUCAAUUUGACAUUUUGACCCAUGCAUUCUCAUUCUCUUUGCGCAAGUGGCACUCAACUAGACAGAAACCUUUAUUAUUUUUGUUCUCCCUACCAGCUUGUACAUUGAGAAUUGUGACAAAAUUCUGGACGACAAGAUAAGUAAAUGAAACUGAGCUGGCGACCUA